ACUUCUUUCUCCGACGCUUCUUUCACCGCGCGGAGGGUGUAUGUUUCACGCUGUUUUAAAGUGCGCUUUAGUUGUUAUUGUUUGGUCCAUCAUCUGCACUUCAUCCGUCACCACUUACCUCCAUCACUGCAUCGCUCACAGCAGCAUAUAGCCAUAACGAUACGCGGCGCAGUAAACGGUAACCAACGACGACGACGACGACAACGUCGCGACGACAUAGGACGCCCAAUGGAAUGGGUGUCGAUGCGGCGCACUCUCGAUAGCACAUGGCUCUUCGUCGAUGCUGCUUCUUCAGUUAGUGUGCUGCAGUAAAUUUAUCCAGAUGAAUGGGCACAAGUAACUACUGUCACUGCUCGCAAAAGUGGACUUUUUAGUAGCUGACCGGUUACGGAAUAAUGUAGCGAGAGUGAGUUUGAGUGAUGCUGGAUCCGAAUUGCUACCCAACACUGAACAAUUAGUAAGUGUAGGACGAGAGAAGUGGAUCGUUGGUGAAAAGAGUUUUUUUUUUAACGAUUUGUUUUGUUGAUAGUCUGGCGAGUCUGUGGCUGUUCCUGGGUGAAACGUGUCGGCGGCGUAGUGAAGAAAACAGAGCAUUUUGGCUGUUUUCCGGGCGUGCGUGGAACAAAAGCAUCUCUGUAGACAAGGCGGAGCGAGGAAUUUCAUAAGCGCAAAUUUGAAUGUUUCGGAGAGAUUUGCAUCAACAACUGUUCAAGUAUGGCUGGAGGAGAUUACAGCAUGGUUGAAGAACGGAUUGGAGCCCCCAGCGAAGUGUUCGAUGUGUAUGAAGUGCUGAGCAAUGAAGUUGACCGCGUGGGAGAGGAGUUCAGUAUGAACGAUCAGCUGUUUGAACCGAGUUCGGAGGGCCUAGCACUGUACGUGUACAUUGGAUUUGUCGUCGGCGGAGGAAUUUUGCUCAAUUUGAUUCUGAUCAAAGGAAUUUUACAGGCAAAAUACAGUGGUGCCUUAUACUUCGUCCUUCAGAUCGCGGUUUUGGACAUCUGCACUCUACUGAUUAGUAUUUGGGAGCUAUUCUACAUCGUCCACCAGCAGUGGAUCUUCGAAGCCGAGCACUGCACGUUCUACAUCGGAUUCGAAUCCUUCACCAACAUUGCCAUCGUAUACUUCAUCAUUGGACUGAAUUUCCAUUCGAUCUCAACAUAUAAUCUAGCUCAACAGAUCUCAACCGCAAACGAUGAGCUAACCAAUCCAUGCCAUGACAUCGACAGCAAUUCCGACUACAUGACUGCCGAGGAGAACAACUAUGAAGUGGCAACGGAGAGCAUCUCCCAGAAGCGAUCGCUGACCAUCGACUAUCGGCAGCGCAAGACCAGUAUACCGGUGAUAUGGCCUGUACUGUUGAUCUGGUUCAUUGCCAUGUCGGAAUCGUUGCCGCUGUUUCUGUUUUCCGAUGUGAUCUCAACCGACGAAGAUGUCAAGUUUUGCACCGUUCUCAUCAACGACCGCACCAAUCACUACAUUAUUCAAUGGCUUGUGAUUUCCAUUCGAAUCGUUAUCCCAACCGUCACGCUGGUUGUGACCACCGGAAUGUCGAUCUUCAAGUUCUUCCAGGGCAGACGGUUUGCGCAACCGCACGAAGUAGACGAGAACGUUGCCUUCAUUUUGAAGGUGUCGAUAUUUCUGUCGCUGUCGUAUGCCGUAUUCUCGCUGCAGAAGCUUUACGGUUCACUGCUGUUCGAAGUGCUCUCCAAACCGAUACUACGGCACAAGUACCCGGAAUUCGACAAACGAUCGGGACUGAUAUUCUCGUUUUUACACUACUUUUUGUCGUUUUUGCGACCACUCGUAAUUAUUGUGCUGUGUAAGUUGAAGCACAACCAUAUGGAUAUUACUUUUAUAUAUAAGGGAAGGACGAAAGUUACUAAUAUGUAGUGUGAUAAGGCAAUAAAUUUACCAAUUUUUGACAA